UAUUUACUAUUUAGUUCGAUGUUCAGUUCUUUUUAAAUCACACAUAUAUAUAUAUAAUAAACUGUUUAUUAUAUAUAUUUGUGUUUUAAAUAGUUAACUUGCUGAUCUAACUCAUGUAAUACACAAACACAACACCCCAAACACUUAGGUGAUCAUGUCAGACAACGGUGAUGAUGACCAGUGGUUGUAUGGUGACUCAAAUUCAAAUUUAGACCCUGUUGGUGCAUUAGUCGAAGAUAUUAAACCAGCUAAACCACCUGGUAUUUUAGAAGAUGAGGAGGCACGUCUUAUGGAGUUCUUGGCAAACCCUGGACCAGGAAGUAUAGAUGUCCUACCUACAGUAAAAGAAUUAAAUGAUGAAGAUCCCAAUCGACCUCGAAGCCCAGAAACAUUUUUAGGGGGACCAGGAAUCCAAGCUGAGGCACUUGUUAACCCUACAGAUGAUUUGUUUGAAACUAACCAAUUAGAAACUGCAACUGAAGUGGGCAUCAAUAUUCCUGAAAAAGAAGUUGAAGAGAAUAAUGAAGAUAAACAAAUAUCAUCAGAAGAUAGCGAAGAAGAUAGUGAUGAUGACAUUGUUGUGGCAGCUGGAAAUUUUACAUUGUCUUCUAUGGAAAAUAAUAUGGUAUCACUUUCACAGCAAAAUAAUGCAAGCCCAUCAACUGCUGGAAUAAAUUUAAAACGAAAUAAUUUACUAACAUUAACAAACAUUCCUGGAAUAUCAUCUGGAAAUAAACACCAAGGAAAAUUUAAUGUUGAAGAUUUUGAAAGUAUGGGCACCAUAAAUGGUGUUCCUGCCCAUGAGUAUUCUAUUGAAACUACGGAAGAAAAACCAUGGCUAAAACCAGGUGCAGAUAUCACAGAUUAUUUUAAUUAUGGAUUUAACGAAAACACAUGGUUGGCAUAUUGUGAACGCCAAAGAAAAAUGAGAUGUAAUGAAUCAUUAGUUGGAAUGUCAACAUUGGCUAUGCAUAAUCAACAAGUUUCUAUAAGUACUACAAAUAAUAAUUUGAUUCCAACUUUGGACGUUAAAACUAGUAGUACAAAAUUUCAACCACCCAGUAUUCCACCUAAGGAAAACACUAUUGAGGUUAUGACAGCUGAGAGAAGAGAAUAUAGUCGUAAACAUUUUUCGACUCCUGAUUUAUCAGUACCCCCUCCAAUAAUUCCUACAAAUUUUGAUGUACCUCCACCAAUGAUUCAAAAUUCUAUAAACUCUAUACCACCCCCUGGAUUUGGUCCUCCACAAAUGAAUGUGCCUUAUGAACCAGAAUACUAUCCUCACGAACCAGAUCCAUAUUAUAAUACAUUUGAACCUACUCAAGAUAUGCAAUGGAAUCAAAGUUGGGCCCCAAAUGUAAAAAGUAUUGAGAACAUUCCAACUCUAUCAAAUGGAGAUUCUUACAACAAAGAUUUGGUAAGAGAUAAAGAAUACUAUGCAUCACGUGUUAAAAAAGAACCAGAAGAAAGAUCAUAUGAACGAGAUCGUGAGAGUCGAAAUCGAUACCGCGAAAGGGAAAGGGAGAGAGAUCGUGAACGUGACAGAGACAGAGACAGUGAACGUAGCAGACAUAGGGAAAGUGAUGGUGUUGAAAGUCCAGAAGCAAGUUAUAAAGAAGAAAGAGAAUACAAACACAAGUCUCAUCGUCAUCGCUCUCGAAGUCGUAGUCAUGAAAAACGUUCUAGGAAACACAAGUCUCGUAGUAGAAGUGGAUCUAGACAUCGUCAUAAAAAGAAGAAAAAGAAGUCUGAGAAAAACAAGGAAGAUGAUAACAGUGAAUAAUCUGUUGUCAUGGUGUAAAUUUAAAAAAAUUAUUAUUAUUAUUAUUAUUUUUAUUAUUAAUAUGAUUUUCUCUUCGUUUCAUUGAGCUGUUAAUGAUAAUUUAAAGGUUAUUGCAACUAAUUCUUUAUUGAACCUACAUCACAUGUAGUUCACGUUAUAAUAACACCUUUGAUUAUUACUGUUAUUAUUAUUAUAAGUAAAUGCAAACUACUAAACAAUAAAACUUAUGUUGUGAUGUUAAAAAUUUAAAUUAUAUAUUUCAUUUUUUUUAUGUAUAAAACUUUAUAACAUGAACAAUUACAUAUUAGUACAGUUGUUCUCAACCAAGGGUGACAUGGACCCAGCUUAGGGGUGACAUGAAAAAUUAACAAGUAAAGGAAAAAAAAUUUUAAAAUAAAUACAUUUUUACGAAAAAAAAUCAUACCUAUUAUUAUAUUUAAAGACCGGAUUUAUAUGCAUAAAAAAUUUUAAAUUAUGCAUGCAAACAUGCACUUUAAAUAGUCAAAAUAUGCAAAAAAAAAGAUAUAAAACAUGCAAAUUUAAAUUCAGUUUUUAUUACAUUUUAUAUUUGAUUUUAAUUUUGCAAUAAUAAUUAUUUAUUAGUUUUAUUACAAUUUUCAUAAACAAAAAGUAAAAUGUAUAAUAUCACAGUUAUGUAAUAUAAUGUAAUUUGUUAAAUCGUAAUUUAAUUUUUAAUCAUUGGUACAUUAUAAAAAAUAUUUUAUUAAAAUUAAAUAGUAGAUACAUUGGUGAUAAUAUACUGAUAUAAAUAGAAAACAAAUACAAAAAAUUUAUUGUAGUAUGUUAAUUGGAAAAAAAAUAACCUAACCUAUUUUUAAAGUCCGGAUAAUCUUUGAGAUGUAAAAUAUUUGAUAUUAAUAUUAUAUAGACGUAUCUGUAAUUUGCUAUUUUUUUUUUUUUUGCUCAACACUUUUUUGGAUCGUCAGGUGUAUAUUUGUACAAUUUUUUAUUAAAGUAUGCAGAACAUGCACUAACGUCAAAACAUGCAAAUAUAUACACUAUAAAAUUUUGAUAUUUAAUUAAUCAAGUAAUGAUUUGUGGACACUCAUUGAUUGCAUGUAUAUGAUGUUGAAAAUAGCAAUAUGCAAUUUAUGCGAAAUCCGGUCUUUAAUUAUAUUCAUAUUUAUAUUAACGUUUUGAACGUUUUUUUCUGUGUACUGUAUUUUUUUAAUAAUAAUAGAAUAAUUUUUAAAUAUACAGCUAAGAUUGUUUAUUUAUUUGAUUUUAGGGUGACACAGUGUUUGGUUCUAGUGGUUAAAGCUGAAAUGAAUAAAAAAAAGAUUGAGAACUACUGUAUUAGUAUAUUAUAUAUUUCAUUACCGAAAAUUGUCAUUUAGAUUUCCAUGACUAAUAAAUAAUGGUAAUCUGCCAUAACUUAAAAACAAAAAUAUUAUUUAAUAUGAAUUUGCAACUUAUUUUGCUCAAUUGUUGUGUUAAAUAAAAGACUAAAAUCUAUAAAAAUUUUACUUUUACUUUA